AUGAUAAAAAUUAAAAAGAUAAAAAAUAAUUUAAAUAAAAAAAAACAAAGAUUAAGUUAUCCAAUAAUAGAGAUCGAUUCAAAUAAAAUUAAAGAUAAUAUCAGCAACCAAUAUUUUAACAAUGGAUUUUCAAGCAAUGAAAUAUCAACUACAAAAUAUACAAGAUAUAAUUUUAUAAUUAAAAACCUUUUGGAGCAAUUUAAAAAGUUAACAAAUAUUUAUUUUAUAGUUAUCGCAAUUAUAACAUUAAUACCAGAAGUAUCACCACUUGGACCAGAAACUACACUUUUACCACUUGGAUUUGUAUUGGGUGUAACAAUGAUUAAAGAUGGUUUCGAAGAUUAUAGAAGAUACCAAGCAGAUACAGCAUCAAAUAGCCGAUCAUAUGAAGUUUAUAAUAGAGAAAAAAAAGAAUUUGAAUCUAUCAAAAGCAAAUCGAUUAGAGUUGGCGAUAUUAUCAAAUUAAACAACGACCAGUCAAUACCUGCCGAUAUUUUGGUAUUAAAAACACCAAUCGAAGAUGGUGUAUGUUAUGUAGAAACAUCUCAAUUGGAUGGGGAAACCAAUUUAAAAAUAUUUAAAGCAAUUAAAGCAACCAACAAUUUAAAUGAAUUUGACGAAAUUUUAGACUAUGAUAAUAACAACUUCAAUUUAAAAGUAGAAUGCGAGCUACCAAAUAAUAAUCUUUACAAGUUUAAAGGAAAAUUUAGUUUAGAAAAUGUACAGAGUGGAAUAAGCUGCCAAGAGUCAAUAUCAGAAAAACAACUAUUAUUAAGGGGAUCAAAGUUAAGAAACUUACCAAAUUCUCUUUAUGGUCUGGUGGUAUAUUGUGGAAAAGAUACCAAACUUAGUUUAAAUCAAAAGAGCCCACCAUCAAAAUAUUCAAGUAUAGAAAAAAAGAUAAGUAAAUCAGUUUUGGGAAUUUUUGCUUUCAAAAUAGUAUUGGUAAUAAUUUCAACUAUUAUCGGGUCCAAGGUUGCAAAUGAUACAACAAAUAAAAGUUGGUAUCUUUGGAUGGGAGACGAAGAUCCAGACAGUCUAGGAAUUGUAAUAGUUAAAACUUUUGUUGCUUAUUUUGCAAAUCUUUCGUUUUUAGUGCCAAUGUCCUUAAUGGUAACAUUAGAAGUUGUAAAAGUAUCACAGGGUAAAUUUAUGGAAUGGGACUUAUUGAUGAGCUAUAAAGAAAAAAGAUAUCGAAAUCAAAAUAAAAUAAAAAACCAACAAUAUAGCACAAUCGAGUUAGAAGAAAAUAAUGAAUAUCAAAAUAGUUCAAAUAAAUAUAUGUCUGUAAAAAAUAGUAACUUAAACGAUGAAUUGGCCCUAGUUAAAUAUAUUUUUAGUGAUAAAACAGGUACACUCACAGAAAACAAGAUGGUAUUUUCAAAAUGUUCAAUUAAUGGCAAGGUUUAUAAUAAUGCAAUGAGAUCCCAACUUUCAAAUGAACUAUUCAAUAAUGAAGAUAACAACGAUAGCUUUAAAAACUCUCCAACAAGUAUUUCAUCGAAUAAAGAACCCACGGAUCACCAAAAGUAUAUCUCAGAAUUUUUAUUAAAUAUGUGUAUCUGCAACUCUGCUAUUUGCGAAAUAGACAAGGAUUCAAAUGAAGUUUAUCAAUCCCAAUCUCCAGAUGAAAUUUCAUUAUUAGAAUGUGCAAAAAUUAACAGGUAUCAAUUUAAAAGUAGAUCAACAAGUGAAAUUAAAAUUAAAAUUUUAAAUACUGAAAAGGUAUUUCAACUGCUUGCUGUAAUGGACUUUACAUCUGAAAGAAGAAGGAUGUCGGUUUGUGUUAGAGACCCAGAAACUAUGAAAAUUUUUAUAUAUACCAAAGGUGCUGACUCUAUAAUGAUUGAAAAGCUUUCAAAUAUGGAAAAGCAAUCAGAUCUUUUAAUCAAAACUAAAGAGCAUAUUCAACAAUUUUCUACAGAAGGUUUGCGUACUUUAAUUUUAGCAAUGAAAGAAAUACCUCAAAACUAUUUUGACCAAUGGUUUAUAGAAUACAAUCAAGCAUUACAAUUAAUCGAAGAUAGGGAUGAAAGACUUAACGAACUUUAUGAACAAUUAGAAAUAGAUCUUUGUUUAAUAGGAUGCACAGCAAUUGAAGAUAAAUUACAAAACGGUGUUCCAGAAAGCAUAGAAUAUCUUUUAAAAGCAAAUAUCAAGAUCUGGGUUAUUACUGGUGAUAAACAAGAGACUGCUAUUAAUAUAGGUUAUUCAUGUAAACUAUUAAAUCCCAAAAACCAUCUAAUCAUUAUUAAUAUCAAAUCACAAGAGGAAUGUAAACAACUAUUACUAUCAAUUAAUGAAAAGUAUCUAAAUCAAUCGGAAAUGGAUAAAAAAGAUAUCUCAAUUGUAGUUGAUGGAGAGUCUCUAAUCUAUAUAUUAAAAGAUUUCCAAGAAGAAUUUUUAAAAAUAUCAUCAAAAUGCCAUAGUUUAAUCUGCUGUCGUACAACACCCAUUCAAAAAGCAUUGGUAGUUAGAAUGGUUAAAAAGAAUACAAAAGAAAUUUGCCUAUCAAUUGGUGAUGGUGCCAACGAUGUUAGUAUGAUCCAAGAGGCACAUAUAGGUGUUGGAAUUAUGGGGCAUGAAGGUACCCAAGCAGCUCGUGCAUCAGACUACUCAAUACUGAGAUUUAGACAUCUGGUACGAUUAAUUUCCGUUCAUGGCCGUUAUUCAAUCAUUAGAAACUCUGCAUGUAUCAAGUAUUCCUUUUAUAAAAAUGUUACAUUCUUUUUCAUCUCCUUCUUAUUUUCAAUACACUCUGGUUGGUCGUCACAAACCUUUUAUGAAGAUGCAUUAAUUACAACUUUUAAUACUGUUAUUACAUCAGCCCCACCAUAUUUUAUGGCCUUGUUCGAAAAAGAUGUCAAUGAAAGAGUAAUAGAAAAGAACCCCCAACUAUUCAAAGAGGUGCAAAGCGGUAAACAAUUCAAAUAUCUCACAAUUGUAAAAAGUAUUAUCGGUGGAUUAUAUCACUCUGUAGCAAUGUAUUUUGGACUUUAUUUAUUGGUAAAUAAUGAUGAUAUUGUAAAUCAAUAUGGUAAAAUGGGUGGUCUCACUAUGAUGGCCUCUUUCUGUUCAGCUUAUGCAGUUAUUACCAUUUUAUUAAAAGCUGCCCUGGAUAUCAAAUAUUGGAACUUUAUUGUGCAUAUUGGUAUAUGGGGAAGUUUAUUUAUUUACAUUAUGGUAGCAAUUAUCACAAGUGCAAUGUUAGAUGCCAUCCCAUCCUCAUAUUAUGUAUAUUAUUUCGAUCUAUCACUUUUAAAAUUUUAUUUAAUGAUUAUAAUAAUGAUUUUCAUAUGUCUAGUUCCAAAUUUUUCAUACAAAUAUAUUAAAAGACAGCUAUACCCCAAAGAAUCAACUAUUUUACAAGAAAACUAUAUUUUAAAUAGAAAUAAAAUUAAAAAAAUAAAACUAUAA